AGUCAACAGCCAGCUGUUCUUGCGUAAGAAGGCCGCGCAGGCUGUAGAGAUGAACAGCGACGAAGACUUGGAGAACAUCCAUAAAGUGGACGCAAUUGUGGUGAUCGUGGGUCAGGACCCGGAUGUGGUCUACAGUAAGACGACUGCUCUUCAGACCUGGCUCUUCGGGUAUGAGAUGACGGACAUAAUGAUAGUUCUGUGCCAUCAGUCGAUCCAUGUGUUGGCGUCCAAGAAAAAGGUGGACUUCUUGAAGAUGAUUGAGUCGAGCAAAGAGAACGAGGAGUCGGUUCCGCCGAUCACUCUCUUGGUUAGGGAUAAGACGGACAAAGACGGCGCGAACUUCGAGACGUUGAGGACAGCGAUCGCUCGGAGCAGAAGCGGCAAAACGAUCGGUGAGUUCACGAAAGACAAGUUCAGCGGAGAGUUCGUCGACGAGUGGAAGAAAGUGUUGAAUUCACAGAACUACGAGACUUUGGACAUCAGUUCUGCUUUGGCCUAUAUAAUGGCGCCCAAAGACGAUCACGAGAUCGCACUCCUCACCAAAGCGGCCGCUCUCUCGUCAGACAUUUACGCCAAAUAUCUGAGAGAAGAGAUCACUGAAAUCAUUGAUUCCGACAAAAAAGUCAAACAUUCAAAGCUGGCCGACGGUGUGGAACAGGCCGUCGCUAAUAAGAAGUACGUGAAAGGUAGUUACUGCUCUAAUAUCGUGCGAACACUUCUCGUGAAUCCAACGGAUGAACAAAAGAGUUUAUAUGAGUUCUUAGUCGAAGUCCAAGAAAGCGUUUUAGAGAAGCUUAGAGAUGGCGUCCGUUUGAGUGAUGUCUACCAACACGCCAUUGAUAUGGUGUCCAAACACGACAAGAGUAUUGUCGACAAAAUGACCAAAAAUAUAGGCUUUGCUAUGGGUUUGGAGUUUCGCGAGGGAUCACUGCUAUUGGCGCCAAAAUCCAACGCAAUUGCCAGGAAAGGGAUGGUAUUUAAUGUGUCGAUCGGAUUCUCUGGGCUUCAGAACAAGUCUGCAUCGGAUGCCGAGGGGAAGGCAUACGCGCUCUUCAUUGGAGACACAGUUGUCGUGAAUGAGGGAUCGGCUGCUAAUCUGUUGACUCCCAGCAAAAAGAAACUGAAGAAUAUUGCGAUUAUUCUCAAAGACGAUGAUCAAGAGUCCGAAGAGGAAGAAGACGUUAAGCCAGAGAUCAUUAAAGAGGAAGACUUUGGCAAUCGUGGCAGUCGUCGCACAGCACUCGUUGACAACAAACUGAGAAACGAAUCGACGACUGAAGAGAAGCGAAAAAUACAUCAGAAGGAGUUGUCUGAGAACCUGAAUGAGUCCGCGAGAGCCAGACUCGCCUCCAAAGCCGGCAAUAAUAAAGAGGAGUCGCACAAGAAGUCUACCAUUUCUUAUAAAAAUAUGAAUCAAAUGCCGAAAGAGCCCGAAGUGAAUGAUUUGAAGAUAUAUGUGGACAAGAAGUACGAAACCGUGAUUUUACCCAUUUUUGGAAUUCCCGUUCCGUUCCACAUCUCGACCAUCAAGAAUAUCGCCCAAUCCGUUGAAGGCGACUACACUUACCUGAGGAUCAACUUCUUCCAUCCCGGCGCCACUCUCGCUAAGAGUGACUCCGCUAUGUUCACCAAUAACUUUGACUCGACAUUCCUGAAGGAGUUGACGUACCGGAGCACUAAUGUGAAGGAACCGGGAGAGAUAUCUGCGCCCUCUUCUAACCUCAACACAGCCUUCAGACUCAUUAAAGAAGUGCAGAAGAAGUUCAAGACUAGAGAAGCAGAGGAACGGGAGAAGGAAGGGAUCGUCAAACAGGACACUCUGGUGUUGAGCCAAAACAAAGGCAACCCUAAGCUUAAGGACCUGUAUAUCCGGCCCAAUAUUAUAACCAAACGAAUUCAUGGCACACUCGAAGCCCACGCCAAUGGCUUUAGAUUCACAUCAAUCAGAGGCGAUAGGGUUGACAUCCUUUACAAUAACAUAAAACACGCCUUUUUCCAGCCCUGCGACGGGGAAAUGCUUAUUCUCCUCCACUUCACUCUUAAGAACGCUAUAAUGUUUGGCAAAAAGAAGCAAGCAGAAGUCCAGUUCUAUACAGAGGUGGGAGAGAUUACCACCGAUUUGGGUAAACACCAGCACAUGCACGACAGGGACGACUUGGCCGCUGAACAGGCAGAGCGAGAACUCCGCCAAAAGCUGAAGACUGCCUUUAAGACGUUCUGUGAUAAAGUGGAACAACUGACUAAACAAGAGGUCGAGUUCGACACUCCCUUCAAAGACCUUGGAUUCCCUGGUGUUCCCAAUCGUAGUAUUGUUUUACUGCAACCGACUUCUGGAUGUCUCGUCAAUCUCACCGAUUGGCCGCCAUUUGUCAUAACCCUGGAAGAGGUAGAAUUGGUUCACUUCGAACGCGUUCAGUUCCAUCUGAAGAACUUCGAUAUGAUAUUCGUGUUUAAGGACUAUAACCGAAAGAUAUCGAUGGUUAACGCGGUGCCCAUGAAUAUGUUGGAUCACGUGAAGGAAUGGCUUAACGAAUCAGACUUUUCCGAAGAUUCAGCCGUCACUGAGUCGGAGACCGAGGAAUCGGAAAACUCUUUGGGUUCGAGUGAAGAGAGCGGUAAAGACUGGUCUGAGUUGGAAGAGGAGGCGGCGGCCGCCGACAAAACCCAUUCAGACUUCGUUGACGACUACACUCAACGCAAAGGGAAAGGUGGCGGAGGAGGGAGUCAUCAUCGGUCUAAACCCCCGCCGCCAAAAAUGCACUCAUCGAUGGGCUCAUCAAAGCGUUCAUCGAUGGGUUCUUCUAAGCAUUCAUCGAUGGGUUCUUCAAAGCAUUCAUCGAUGGGUUCGUCGAAACACAGUUCCAUGAAGAGGGGAAGAGAUGGUAGGGAUGAUCAUCGCGACAAACACAAGAAAAUGCGCAAAUAAAGCGCUUUUGUAUAUGAUAUAUGAUACCAUUUUUGUCUAAUGUUUUUAUCACCUUUCAAUUAACUCUUAACCAUUAAAUUUUUGUUUUAGA